UUCUCUCUCUCCUCCCCCUCCCUCUCUCUCUCUACCCUCGCGCGUGCGCUUCUCAUGACCGCCGAUUGAAACCCUAGCUCGCCUUCCCCGGUCCUCCGCGGCUUCCUCCUCUCCCAGGGUCAGGGAUCGGCCCCGGAACGGAAAACUCGGCGCGUGGGAGGAUCUUUGCAGUGUCGGGAUAUAUGUCCUUCAAUCAAGCCAGGUACCAGAAGAGCGAGGCGGCGCAAGAUCGUAGAACCGGGCGAUCCGCGAGCUUCAACCAGCAGCGGAGCUCCUCGGGCGGUUACAGUAAGGGCGGCGGUGCCCCCGCCCCUCCCCCUUCUCUCUCCACCAAUCGGAGUUACAAGAAGUCGAAUAAUGCGCAGGGAGGCCAAUCUAGGGUAAACGUACGGCCUCCGAAUAUCCCCUCGGAGCCCGCCGUGGGUGCUCCUCCGACUCAGCAUAAUCUGCAGAAUGGCGCCCAUGUACAGCCCCAGCCCCAGCCCCAGUCGCAGGGACAAUCUGAUGCUGGACAUACGAGCGCCACUGCCAAGCCUGCUGAAACACCUCCAGCCUCCAAUAGAAGCACCCGAGCUCUUCCAAAGGCUCCAACUUCUCAACCACCCGCCGUGAGUUCGUCUGAAAUGCCGCCUCCUCAACACCCCAAAAGGAUUCCUGCCAGAACGAGCUCCGCUCCACCAAAUUUGGACGAGCAGAAACGUGAUCAGAAAAACUGGUCCACGGUGCCAGUUCCUCCUGCUCCCAAGCAUCCAUUACCAAAGCGAGAUAUGAGUGCUUCUGACCAUUCUAUUGCUGGGGACAGCCAUACUGUUUCGAAGGGCAAGAAGGAUCAAGUCCCGCCCAUUCCCCCAUCAGUACAAUCACAGAAACCUUCAGCCCACGCCAUAUCUGGAAUUCCCAUACAAAUGCCUUUUAACCAGCCACAAGUUCCUAUUCAGUUCAGUGGCCCCAAUACUUCGAUUCAGUCUCAAGGAAUGGCAUCUGCUUCCCUUCAAAUGCCAAUUCCAGUGCCUAUGCUACCUGUGGGAAGUGCUCCUCCAAUGCAGCAGCAGAUGUUUGUUGCGGGUCUGCAGCCCCACAUGAUGCAACCUCAGGGCAUCAUGCAUCAGGGUCAGGGCUUGAAUUUUGGGGCUCAAAUGAAUUCCCAAUUCUCCCCCCCGUUGGGAACCUUGGGAAUGAGUAUCGGUCCAUAUUCACAACAACAAGGAGCGAAAUUUGGUGGUGGUCUUCGCAAGACUCCUGUCAAAAUAACUCACCCAGAAACACAUCAAGAGGUGAGGCUUGAUAAACGAACUGAGGGGUUUUCUGAUGGAGUGCCAUCAAGCCGGUCUCAUCCAAACGUAUCUCCUCAAGCGCAACAUAUAUCUUCAUACCCACCAAACCAUCCAGUCAAUUAUUAUACGAACAGUUUCGGGGGCCCUGUAUACUACGCUGGCCCCAGUACUCAUCCUCUAUCUGGUACUCAGAUGACCCCCACCUCUCAGGCAUCAAGAUUUAUCAACCAAGGGACUGGCAUCUCUAUCCGAGCAGCUGUGGAGCCACCCAAGCAGGAUCAAAUGCAAAAUUCCCUUGCUCCUCCUUCAGCUCUUGCACAGGGGACAUCUAAGCCCAAAAUUGGUUCUGAUGGUGAAAAUAUUACUGGUUUAUCUUCUGCAAAUCUCUUACCUGCUUUUGAUAAGGUUGAAUCACCUGAUGCUGUCAACGUUUCUGCGAAUUCAGCAUCUAGAAAUUCUGAGGUUCCAAGAGGCCCAUUGUCGAAAGAACCUGGAAGUCAAUUAGGAGCAUUGCCAGGGCCUAACAAACAAUAUGUAGGGUCGACUGGUGCUUCUGGGGUACAUUCUGUAACCAGCUCUUCAACUGGCAAUCGCUCUUCCACUGAAGCAGCUUUGACUAAUGUCGCUGGAAGUCAAUUAGGAGCAUUGCCAGGGCCUAACAAACAACAUGUAGGGUCGACUGGUUUCUCUGGGGAACAGUCUGUAACCAGCUCUUCAACUGCCAAUCACUCUUCCACUGAAGCAGCCUUGACUAAUGUUGCUGGAAGGAGAAUGGAAAACCUUAGCAGGUCCAAUUCUAUCAAGAAUCAUGAGCAAGGAAAGAAAGGAGAUGACCCACAUCCAAUCAAGGUUGAUGAAGAAGGAAACUCAAUCUCAGCUGUAGCUUUACGGGAAUCCUCUCUUAGUGGGGUGCUUGAGAAUUUGGAAGCUAAGACAACUGACACCUGCCCAUCAGGAAUUUGUGAAGAUGUUCCAGAGUCUAGUUCUCAACAAUCAAUUCAAGAUGACUCCGCCGAGAAAAAUGAAAUUUUGGAUAAUACGGAUGCUGACAGGGGUGAACUAGAAAGUACAGGGCCUGUUGUUGAACAGCCGAAAGAGUCUGAUAGUUAUGUGGUUUCUUCUGUCUCAGUCUCUUUAGAACAUUCUGAUAUCAUCAGGGGGGGUGACCAGGAUUCUGCCCCAUUGGUCGAAGCUUCUGGGAAGGAGGUUCCAACUAGCACAACUGAAAGGACCGGCCUGGACGAAGAGAGAUAUGAUCGAGGUAUUGAUAAGGCGAAUUUGGAGAUGCCUACAUCCUCAUCUGUGGAUUUUAAAACCGGAGAAGCUACCCCUUGUGAUGCUGUUCCUUUAGCUAGUGUUCAUGGUGACAAUUCUUAUGCAGAUGCCUCUUUAAAUGGGAGGGAUGAGGUGAUCGACUCUUCUUCUGUUUCAAUGUCUGAGUCUUUGAAAGCAGGUGCUGAGGAUGAUGGUGAUAGGAAAAAGAAGAGGAAAGAAUUUCUCCUGAAAGCUGAUGCUGCUGGGCCAACUCUCGAUUUGUAUAUGGCUUACAAAGGUUCAGAGGAAAGGAAAGAAGCAUUUAAGUCCUCCAAAGGCACAGAGAUUCCUUCUGAGGACAUUCAUGACAACCAAGCAGCAGCUGAGACAUCUCCAAAAGAAGCUGUGGUUAGCGAUGAUGUUGAGCAAAUUAAAGCUGAGAUAGAUGACUGGGAAGAUGCUGCUGAUGUCUCUUCACCAGCAUUGGAACCUUCAACUAGCGGGCAACAGGUUGAUGUUUUUGUGCCUAGCAAGGAAAAUAGAAAUGGGUUUGUUGGAAGAAAAUAUUCUAGAGAUUUUCUUCUGAAAUUUGCAGAGAGAUGUACUAAUCUCCCUGAGAAUUUUGAAGUGACACAUGACAUAGCCGAGGCAUUCAAUCCUUCUGUUAAUGUUUCGCGUUUUGCUGACCGUGAUUCUCACCCCAGUCCUGGGAGAACGAUAGACAGGCAAAGUGGGGGUGCUCGGCUAGAGCGCCGUGGAAGUGGUUUGGUUGAUGAUGACAGGUGGAAUAAACUGCCUGGUGCUGGUCCUUUUGGAGGUCCAGGGCGCGAUCUGCGUCUUGAUGUGGGCCUUGGGUCUAACCUAGGUUUGCGAUCUGGCCAAGGAGGUAAUUACGGUGUUUUGAGGAAUCCUCGUGCACAGACUCCUGUCCAAUAUGCAGGAGGGAUACUUUCUGGCCCAAUGCAGUCCCCUGGAUUUCAGGGGGGAAUGCAGAGAAAUAACUCUGAUGCUGACAGGUGGCAGCGUGGUACUGGCUUCCAUCAGAAGGGUCUGAUGCCUUCACCUCAGACUCCAUUACAGGUGAUGCACAGGGCUGAGAAUAAGUAUGAAGUGGGUAAAGUUCAGGAUGGGGAAGAGGGUAAGAAGCAGAGACAGUUGAAAGCUAUCCUAAACAAGUUGACUCCUCAGAAUUUUCAGAAAUUGUUUGAGCAAGUGAAAGCAGUUAACAUUGACAACGCAACCACUCUUAGAGGUCUUAUCUCUCAGAUUUUUGAUAAGGCUUUGAUGGAACCCACAUUUUGUGAGAUGUAUGCUGACUUGUGUAGCCAUCUUGCUCAAGAGUUGCCUGAUUUCACUGAAGAUGAGAAUAGGAUUACUUUUAAGAGGGUGCUUUUGAACAAGUGCCAGGAAGAAUUUGAGAGAGGGGAAAGAGAGGAAGAGGAAGCCAAUAAAGCUGAAGAGGAGGGUGAGAUCAAACAGUCUGGGGAAAGAGAGGAGAAGAGAAUUAAGGCCCGAAGAAGAAUGUUGGGAAACAUCAGAUUAAUUGGGGAGUUGUACAAGAAGAAAAUGUUAACGAAAAUAAUGCAUGAAUGCAUAAAGAAACUGUUGGGGUUCAACGAGACUCCUGAUGAGGAGGACCUUGAGGCAUUAUGCAAAUUAAUGAGUACUAUUGGGGCGAUGAUUGACCAUGCAAAAGCAAAGGACCACAUGGAUGCAUAUUUUGACAGGAUGGGGAUUUUGUCAAACAACAUGAAUCUCUCCUCAAGGGUUAGGUUCAUGUUAAAAGAUUUGAUUGAUUUAAAAAAUAAAUGGCAGCAAAGGAGGAAGGUCGAAGGGCCAAAGAAGAUUGAUGAAGUUCAUAGAGAUGCUGCUCAAGAACGACAUGCCCAGGUUGGCAGAAAUUCUCGUGGGUCAGGGAUCAAUUCUUCAAGAAGUAGACAGCCAGUGGACUUCUCUUCAAGGGGCUCUAGUAUGUUGUCCUCUCCAAAUGCCCAGGUCAGUGGUUUCCGUGCGUUGCAGUCACAGGUCCGUGGGCCGGGCAGUCAGGAUGUUCGGUUUGAAGAAAGACAGCCCCAUGAGCCCAGGCCAUUGGCAGUUCCUUUGUCUCAAAGGUUAGGUGAUGAUUCUCAUUCAAUCACCCUAGGACCUCAGGGUGGGCUUGGCAGGGGCAUGUCUUACAGAGGGUCGUCAUCAAUGUCAAGCACUUCAGUAGCUGAUAUUUCCUCCAGCUUGAUGGACUCUCGAAGAAUAGCAGAUGGUUCGAAUGGAUUUAGCUCUGUAGAGAAGACAAGCCAUGGCUCAAGAGAAACUGGGACAAGUUCUAUGGCAGACAGGCUUUCAGGCUCUGGUGCUUAUGACCAAACCGGUGUGCAUCGUAAUAGGCCUGGCAGCCGAGAAGGUUUUGAUAGAUCUGGUGGAAAUUCUCCUUCACUACGAGUACAGGGAACGAGUUUCUCUCAGGAUAUUUCUUCGGAGAAAGUAUGGCCUGAUGAGAAGCUGAGAGAUAUGUCCAUUGCAGCAAUUAAAGAAUUCUAUAGGUACAUAUUAGUUGCCUUCUCUUUUGUAUAUUAUUGUCAGGAUUUAUCAUUUUGGGAGGUUCAACCGUCACUGGGAUGUCCAUUUAACGACUAUAUUUUGAGACUUCUUAUGUUAGGCCUUAAUAAGCAGCCAAAGAGAGGAGGAGAGAGAAGAAAAGGAGGGGAAGGGGUCGUUGAAUUGGGAAAUGUUUUUCAACACUUCAAUCAUUUCCUUCCCUCUUGA